GGCCCAGCCAUGGUUUUUCUGUCAGUCCAAGCGAACAGACUCCUGUUGAUUCAAACAGUGCUGAUGAGUGUCGAGAGGGGCCUGAAGGAAGACGAACGAUGAUUUCAUAUUGCCCCGUGUGUGGAAAACCAGUCUACUUUGCUGAGCGGAAGCGUUCUCUAGGCAAAGACUACCAUCCCCUUUGUCUGAAGUGCUACCAUUGCAAACGGCAGCUCAGCCCUGGCCAGCACGCUGAGCAUGACGACAAACCUUACUGCACCCACUGCUACCUUCAGCGCUUUGGACCCAGAGGAACAAGACCAUCAUCAACCACCCGCUCAUCCUUUGGGGCAUCGCCUUCUCCUAAGGUUCCAGCAGAAAUCCGAAAGGGCUCAUAGAUGUCUUUCCCUGCUUAUGCUGUAGAAGUAGCAAUUUAUAAAGCGAUGUCAGCUGAAAAAGGGUGUUGCUUGAACAUAACUAAUAAUCCUAAACAAGGUCAGACAGCUUCCGUAAUAGAGUUCACCCUACCUCUGGUUAACAUAGCAGCUGUGAUAAAUAUAUUGUAGCAGGUUAAUAGUGAACAUUGUUGAAAUGUAGAAAUGCUUGCAAAGCAUCUGUCGCUUUAUUUAGACUAAGAUAUGCGCCUAUUUUGUAUAUGUUGGUACUGAAUAAUAAAGCACUUGUGAACACCUGCA